AUGUCAAUCGAGCUCAACUGGGAGACGCUGACGACGGGCCCGGACGGCGACGAGCUGGCACACCGCAUCCGGGAUUUCAUCCACUCCAAGUUUCAGACGGUGCCGCUGCCACGCUUCAUCAAGUCGGUCACGGUUCAUGACUUUCAAUUUGGCGCCAUACCGCCCGAGCUUGAGCUCAAGGACAUUACGGAUCCGCUGCCAGACUUUUACGAGGAGGAUCCGGAUGUGGAUUACGACGACGAAGAGGAUGAGGACGUCGAGGAAACCCAGGACUAUGAGGAACGGCCCAGCCAGGCGGCUGCGUCUCCUGCGCGGUCGGGGGACAAUGGGCUUUACGGUGGACAGCGGGGGGACGCCAUGAACAAGAUGGACAGAAUCGCCGGCAGCAGCAGCAGUAGCAGCGUCAUCGGCGGCGGGGGCGGCGGCGGGGUGAGAGGUCCAGCAGGGAGGCCCGCAGGACCGCCGCAGACGCCGACGAAAAGCGCCAUCAACAUCAACACGCGGGUGCGAGGCGAGGCGCCGCCGCAGGACCUGACGUCGCCGUUUCUCGGCGUCUCCACGCCCGGCAUCCUGUCGGGCGGCACGUCCAACUUUUCCUACUUCCACUCGCACCUGGCCUCGUCGGGCCUGUCGGGCACCCAGACGCCGCUGGCCGCCGUCGCCGGUGCGCAGCUCGGCGGGCCUCCGCAGUGGAACGGCCUGCGCACCAGCGGGAGGGGCAGCGGGCGGAGGCGGUCGCUAGCGGCCGCGUCCCAGGGCCUCGACGGCGAGGGCUUCACGCCCUCGCACAGCCGCAACAGCUCCACCGUCUCCAACGCAGAUCUCCACCCGGGUGGCGGCCGCCUGACCCCGACGUCCUUUCUGCGUGGCGGACAGCAGACGCUGCGGGAGAAGCACAGCGUCAGCACCCUGGCCCCCACCAGCGUCGGCACGUCGCGGCCGCCGACGCGCGACCUGACGACGGCCAUGUCUACUACGGCCCAGGAAGACGGAGGAGGCGGUGACGACGGCAACGGCGCGUCUUCGGCGGCUGGUAAUGAGCAAAACGAGAGCGAUUCGUCUGACCGGGCAAAGUACCGCGAGCGGCGCAUCGAGGACAUGCAGGCCGUAUUCCGCAUCAAGUACGCGGGCGACGUCAAGCUGCUGCUCACGGCCGACAUACUGCUCGACUACCCGAUGCCGAGCUUCGUCGGCAUCCCCGUGCGCCUAAGCAUCACCGGCUUGACCUUUGACGGCGUCGGCGUGGUCGCGCACAUCCGGAAGCGGGUGCACUUUUGCUUCCUGAGCCCCGAGGACGCCUUGGCGGCGGUUGGCAGCGCCAGCGGCAAGGAGGCCGGCGACGGUGAUGACUAUGGAGACGCGUCUGGCGGGGCGGCAGCGGCAGCUUCUUCUUCUUCUUCUUCUGCCUCGGCAGCGACAACGCCCCAAGGUGCCGCCACCACGUUGACUCCGUCUGCUGGUGCCGGUGCUGCUCCCGGGGCGGAUGAAAGGGCCAGCAGCAACACCAGGAUGGGAGGUUUGUUGCAGGAGAUCAGGGUUGAGAGUGAGAUUGGACAGCGCGAGGGCGGCAAGCAAAGUCUGAAGAAUGUAGGCAAGGUGGAGAAGUUUAUUCUCGAGCAGGUCAGGAGAAUAUUCGAGGAGGAAUUUGUGUAUCCAAGUUUCUGGACCUUUUUGGUCUAA